UCUAGGUGUGCAAAGAGGCAUAAACGUUAAACGGAUGUGCUGCAAUAGAUGCUUUCAUGCUACAACAGAGUUUUUUUUAUCAUUGGGACUUUCUUGGCUUAGGUCAUAUCUCUCCCCGCUGACGUAGCCUAAGUCAUUGGCCUCAGCGGUAUAAAGCAACCUGAAGGCGGUCUAUCAGCAGAAAACUCAACCGCCGUGUUGGUCUGUCAGUCAGCCGAAUCCUGAGAGGAAAAGAGACCCGCUGUUGAGCGAUGGGCUACCUGGCGUUUUUCUCGGCCGAAACCUGGACUCUCCUCUUGCUGUUCGUGGGGCUGCUGACGGUGUAUGGGUUCUGGCCUUACAGGUUCUUUAAAAACCUAGGAAUCCCCGGUCCUAAACCAUUACCCUUUCUUGGAACCCUUCUAGGAUAUAGAAAGGGGUUCCACCAGUUUGACAUAGAGUGUUUCAACAAGUAUGGAAGAGUAUGGGGUCUCUUUGAUGGGAGACAGCCUAUUCUCUGCGUCUUGGACAAGACCGUCAUCAAAACAGUGAUGGUUAAGGAGUGCUACUCACUGUUCACCAACAGAAGGAACAUCCGCCUGAAUGGACCGCUGAACGACGCUUUGACCGUUGUCCAGGAUGAGGACUGGCGGCGGAUUCGGAGCAUCUUGUCUCCGUCCUUCACCAGCGGCCGCCUGAAGGAGAUGUUCGGCAUCAUGAAGACACACUCAAAGAAGCUGGUCAGGAACCUGAAACGGGAGGCUGACCAAGGCAAACCAGUGGAUAUGAAAGAUUUCGUUGGCGCAUACAGCAUGGAUGUGGUGACCAGCACAGCUUUCAGUGUGGACAUCGACUCCCUCAACAACCCCAAUGAGCCCUUUGUCACCAACAUCAAGAAAAUGCUCAAGUUCAACAUCUUCAACUUCUUUGUCCUUUUGAUAUCGUUCUUCCCCUUUACCAUUCCACUCCUGGAGAAGAUGAACGUCUCGUUCUUCCCCAUGGCUGUGAUGGACUUCUUCUACGCCUCGCUGAGGAAGAUCAAAGCUGAGAGGGAGACCAGCACUCAACAGAGCCGAGUGGACUUCCUCCAGCUGAUGAUGGACUCCCAGCGGCAGGACGACGAGGGAAAGCAGAAAGGCGAAACGUCGAACAAAGGCCUGAGUGACCACGAGAUUCUGUCGCAGGCAAUGAUCUUCAUCUUCGCCGGCUACGAGACCACCAGCAGCACCCUGUCCUUCCUCUUCUACAACCUGGCCACCAACCCCGAGGCCAUGGAGAAACUGCAGCAGGAGAUCGACCACGUCUUCCCUGACAAGGCUCCAGUAAGUUAUGAGGCCAUGAUGCAGAUGGAGUAUCUGGACUGCGUUCUGAACGAGUCCCUGCGCAUGUUCCCCGUGGCGACGCGCGUGGAGAGGGUCUGCAAGAAGACCGUCGAGAUCAACGGCAUCCCCAUCCCCAAGGGGACCGUCGUCACGGUGCCCAUCUACGUACUCCAUAGAGAUCCAGACAUCUGGAGCGAGCCAGAGAGCUUCAAACCGGAAAGGUUCAGUAAGGAAAACAAGGAGACCAUUGACCCCUACUCGUACAUGCCGUUCGGAAUGGGCCCCAGGAACUGCAUCGGGAUGCGCUUCGCCAUCGUCAGCAUGAAGCUGGUCGUCGUGGAGCUGCUGCAGAGGUUCUCCGUCACCUCCUGUGAGGAGACACAGGUCCCUGUGGAGCUGGAGAACCAGGGUUUUCUGAUGCCCAAAACGCCCAUCAAACUCAAACUCGUCCCUCGCACGUCUAAGGGUAUUUCAGCAGAACAGUAACACGUCUUACGGUACUUCAGCGGAACAGUAACACGUCUAAUGGUAUUUCAGCGGAACAGUAACACGUCUAACGGUACUUCAGCGGAACAGUAACAUUCACAUGCUGUCUGUGGACACUCCAGACAGUGAUUUUGUAAGAUGAGAAAACUGAAUUAAGUUAUUUUUUCAGUCUUAACAUGACAUGUUAUAACAGCCUAACACCUUCUUGAUUGCAGUAUAGGAGUAGGCAAAAUAUAGAUGAAUACACACUGCCUAUGCCUCAUAACAUGUUUAGACAUAUAUACUAUCCAUGUAUUUUCUGAGAUUUUGCAGCUCAUGUGAUAAUAUGCACCAAAAAUAUUUUGGGGGGAAUUUUUUUUAAUUUUUUUAGAGUAAUCUUUUUUUAAAUUGAAGGUGUGCUGUGUACAAUUAGUAGACAAUGGUAAUUGGUCAAAGGUAAUUGGCCUCUGCUGCAGAGUUCUGUAUUGUUCAUUGUUAGAACUGACUACAUUUCCCAUACUGCUUUGUUUGGGGUCGGGGGUGAAGCAGCUGUACUGUCCUGAAGUGGAAUAAUCUUUGUAUGUGAAUUGCUGUAGAUUUGUGUGUGUGUGUGAGAGAGAGAGAUAGAGAUAAAGAGAGAUAAGGUUUACUAGGUACAAAACUGUUUGUUUGCUGUAGUUGUUAAACUUGCAUUUGACAUUUUGAGACCACUUUGCUUACAACCUUUGUCACAAGACAGACAUACCAAUCUCAUACACAUAUCACAGCAUAUGUUAUCCUUAUCCUGUAAUAUAUUCAUACAUUUUGAAACAGCAUUUUGUGACCAUUAUCCAUGAUUGUCAUGGUAUAUCACAAAGUAUGACACAAUUAUGACAUCACCUUUUGACAGGUUUAUGACGAGUCUAUGUUAAUUGUACACCGUAGGGUUCUAGUGAAAUGUUUUAGUACUGCUUGCUUGUCAGUAGUCCAGGAUAGAAAAGGGAUUAUAAUCACCAGAUAAUUUACGUCUUAUUUUAGCCAUAUUCGUUAUUGAUGGCAAAAUAUUUCUGUUUUGCUCCUUUAGGCUACAUGUACCAUAUCGGUAUUUCUGAUCAAAAUCUGAAAGGGUGAAAUUUGUUCAAUUUGCUGAAUGAGAUGACAUUUUAAUGUUAAGUUUUUUUUAUCAUUUUAUAUUAUGAAUAAAACUAAGUGUUAGUGUGUAUCAGAGCAGAGUAUUACUGUGCCUGUCUAUCAUGUUGAUUUUGAAGCCAUCAUCGUUAAUU